GAGGCAGAGGUCUCCCUUGUCCGCAGACAGAAGAGAAUCCGAAUUGAACAGCGACCAGCGGCUCAUCUUCAGCUGCUGCUUCAUCUUCCCAUUUUCUUUUUGCGUGGAAAGGAGGACAUCUAUCUGGAUUGGCAGGCACUUUUGUUAAAUUCAGUAGUGGAUUCUCGUGUUGAAUGCUCAGAUGGCUUGUUCGUUUAGUUUGCCAUCAACUGGCCUCCAAACAUUUGGAUUGAAUCCUCAAAGCAGAGUUUCACAAGCGAAAUAUGGAGUUUUUACUUUGCGAUCCUCACCUGGGUCUCUUCGUGUCCGGGCAGUGCAAGAGACUGGAGGGUCCCGCAGACUAGUUGAUAUAAUCAGAACUGUGCCAGAGCUCUCAAGUAACUACUUUCGAAGUCCAUCUCGUAGGGCUCUCUUUGGGGGAAUAUCUUUGUUGGGUGGGUUUUAUGUUGCACAAACGAUAUCUCUGUCAUUUGGAGCUUUAGGAGUCAAUGAUGUUAUUGCUGCAGUUGUGUGUGUUCUCCUGACAGAAUAUGUUACCAAAUUUUAUUACAGCAGACCAAAAGUAACAUUUCCUAUUGCUCUUCUCAACAAUUUCAAAAUGGGAUUCACUUAUGGCCUGUUCAUAGAUGCUUUUAAGCUUGCCAGUUAAUGCCAUGUAAAACUGGUCUUGACCAAGACCAUUUUGGACAUGUAAAGUACACCA